AUGAACAUGAUUGUUUUAAAUUCCAAACGACGAAAAGAUUCGCACAUAUUAAUGAAAAUUAAAGAAGAAAUUAUCCAAUGUGAAAUGCCUAAAAUUGAGCAACGUUCGUAUUUGUCCUUGCCCACAAAAAUUGACAAUGGUAUACAUGGAAACGUGCAAAUUUAUCCUAUUAAACAAGAACUUGGGAACACUAGCGACGUUAAAAUGAUUAGUGAUAUUAAGCAGGAAGUUGAUGAAUACAGAAUGCAACCAAUAAUUGAAACUGAUAUUAAAAUGAAAGAUAUCAAUGAUAUUAAACAAGAAGUUAGUGAGUACAUUAUACAACCAAAAACUGAGAGUGAAUUGUUGACUUCGCAUUGUGAUUUACCAACUUUGAAAAUUGAAAAUACUGAUUUAGACAAUUAUUAUUUAGAGCAUUGGUGUAGCAGCAAAUCGUUAAAUAGUACAGCAAAAGUAAUUUUAAACAAAAAGAAGAGGUUCGAUUGCCCUAUCUGCCAUAAGAAUUUCCCUACUUCCAAGUCAAGAUCGAUUCAUAUUGACGGACAUUUUAAGAAGCACUACGCAGUUUGUGAGUUUUGCGGAAAAUUAAUGAAAAAACUGGACUUUUUUCGACAUUAUUUUGUUCAUAUAGUGAAAAAUAUGACUAAAAUCACAUUAAUAACAGAACUUUGA